UAGUAUAGUCAGUUGGAUUAAUUGGUUUUCUCAUAUUAAAGAAACUUGCAUUCUUUGGAUAAAUCCAGUUUGGUCAGGAUCUGUAUCUGGCUUGUGUUUGUGAUUGUUUUGUUUAGAUUUUUGGGAGAUCCUAUUGAGUGAGAUACUCUCAUGUAAUGUUCUGUCUCACACACAUUUAUCAUUGCAUAGUUUCUCUGGGUCAGGACUCUGGAGGCAGCAUAGCUCCAUCCUCCAGCUCAGAAUCUCAGCAGGCUGCAAUCGUCUUGAGGCUGUCCGAGUCCGAGCAAGGAUUCAGUCCCCUGUGGACCUUUGGGCUGAGGCCUCAGGCCCUCAUGAGCUGUUGGCAGAGCCUCCCCUCACUCAGUCCAUUGCCACGUGUCCAUAGAGGGUCUUACAGCAUGGCAGCUGACUCUGUCAGCAAGGGCAAGGGAGGCGCAGGAGGGAGCACCAGCAAGAGCGAGCGGAGCGAGACAGAGCCACAGUCCUGUGUAAGUGAAUCACAGAGGUGACACUCCAUCAUUCUUGCCCUGUUCUGUACAUUAGAAGCAGGUCAUUAAGUCCAGCUCACACUCAGGGAGAGGGAGCUGUAGGCAUAUUUGGAGGUAUGCAGGCUUGUUUCUAAACCAACACAAUAAAGCAAGUGUCUUCACAAAGCAAGUCACACAAAUUUCUUGGCUUCGCAGUGGAUAUAAAAGUAUGUGUAUACUAUAGUCUAUUAAGUCACAUCUUCAGACUCCACUUCUAAUUCUAGCCCUAGGGCGCCUGCCUUGAUGUCUUUGGGAAUUGGAGUCCCCUGAGCUUUUGGAAAUCGUAGCUUAGGAUGAGAAGGAUGGGUAGCAAGAGUGACUGCCUGUGUUGGGGAGGCUGAGUGGCCCCGAGGCUUGGAAGUGGGAUGGGUGGAAGUGGAUGGGUGGAAGUAGAUAUGGGACAGGGCUGGCCCUGGCCGAGGCACUCACUGUAUCUGCUUCAGUCUCAGGGGCAUUGGGUUGAAUCUUUGAGUGCCGGGAGUCUGUUCUGGUCUGCUGGGAGAGCUGCUUUUGGAGUUCCUGGUGUCUUAUUUCCUGAGGUCAUGGCAAGAUGGUGAAGUGGCGGCAGUGCAUAGGGUGUGAGAAUGGUCGGUGCCAAGGUGAUGCUGCUAGGCCGCAGCUGUAGACGUGGUGGUAGUGUGUGUCAGGUUGGAAGGUGUGUUCGUUCAGACACACUAGUCCUAGGGGCUGCUGGGCAUAUCACUGGCGACAUGCCCAAUGGGGUGAGGCAGCAGUCUCGGGUGUUCAGAGUCGAGCGCCCUGGAUGGUGGGGUCCAAGCAGGUGUGUGACCAGGGAGGGGCCCAUGCACAGUACCUCCUCCUCAUGCACUCGCCAGCUCCACAUGUCCCGGGCUGUGUGUUCCCUGCUGCGGCAGCAGCCUCAUGCUUGCUUGCUUCCUCCUCUCCAGGUCAAACGAUCAAGGAGCAAAGGUGGGCUGGCCGGCCCCGACGGCACCAAGUCUGUCUUUGGGCAGAUGUGUGCUAAGAUGAGCUCCUUUGGUCCCGACAGCCUCCUCCUUCCUCACUGUGUCUGGAAAGUCAAGUUUGUGGGUGAAUCUGUGGACGACUGUGGGGGUGGCUAUAGUGAGUCCAUAGCUGAGAUCUGUGAGGAGCUGCAGAACGGACUCACACCCCUGCUGAUCGUGACCCCCAACUGGAGGGAUGAGUCUGGGGCCAGCCGAGACUGCUACCUGCUCAGCCCGGCCGCCAGAGCACCUGUGCACAGCAGCAUGUUCCGCUUCCUGGGUGUGCUGCUGGGCAUUGCCAUCCGAACCGGGAGUCCCCUAAGCCUCAACCUCGCUGAACCUGUCUGGAAGCAGCUGGCUGGGAUGAGCCUCACCAUCGCGGACCUCAGUGAGGUUGAUAAAGAUUUUAUUCCUGGACUCAUGUACAUCCGAGACAACGAAGCCACCUCGGAGGAGUUUGAGGCCAUGAGCCUGCCCUUCACGGUGCCGAGCGCCAGCGGCCAGGAUAUCCAGCUGAGCUCCAAGCACACGCACAUCACCCUGGACAACCGCGCGGAGUACGUGCGGCUGGCGAUAAACUACAGACUCCAUGAAUUUGACGAGCAGGUGGCUGCUGUUCGGGAAGGGAUGGCCCGCGUUGUGCCUGUCCCCCUCCUCUCACUGUUCACCGGCUACGAGCUGGAGACAAUGGUGUGUGGCAGCCGUGACAUCCCCCUGCAUCUUCUCAAGUUGGUGGCCACCUACAAAGGCAUCAAGCUUUCCACGUCGCUGAUCCAGUGGUUCUGGGAGGUGAUGGAGUCCUUCUCCAACACAGAGCACUCUCUCUUCCUUCGCUUCGUCUGGGGCCGGAUGAGGCUGCCCAGGACCAUUGCCGACUUCCGGGACCGAGACUUCGUCAUCCAG